AUGGGGUCCCUUGGCGGCAUCUCCCCAGGGGGGACAAUCGCCAUCGGAAUCAUCGUCGGCCUCUUAUCCACCAGCGUCCAGAGCCUGGGGCUCACCCUGCAGCGGAAAUCCCACAUCCUCGAAGACGAAAAGGGCCCGCACGAGAUACGCCGUCCGCCGUACCGGAGGGGCAGAUGGCAACUGGGAAUGGGCAUGUUCAUCGCCGCCAACCUUCUCGGUAGCUCCGUCCAGAUAUCGACCCUCCCUCUCCCCGUGCUCUCGACCCUGCAGGCCUCGGGCCUCGUCUUCAACUCGAUAUGCGCCACCCUCAUCCUCAAUGAGCCCUUCACGAGGUGGUCGCUUUGGGGUACGCUGCUGGUCUGCACCGGCGCCGUACUGAUCGCCAUCUUCGGCGCCAUCCCCGCGCCCGCUCACAACCUGCAGGAGCUGCUGGAGCUACUCGGCCGGAAACCGUUCAUCGUGUGGAUGAGCAUGCAGGCUUUACUAGUCCUGUCCAUAGCUAUCAGCAUCGACUGCCUCGACCACUUCACAAGCAUGUCGCUCAACUCGAAGUUCCGCUUCGUCCGUGGUCUUUCGUAUGGGUGCAUAAGCGGCAUCCUCUCGGCGCAUUCGCUGCUGGUCGCUAAGUCGGCCGUUGAGCUGAUCAUUAAGACGAUCGCGGACGGCAACAACCAGUUCGUACAUUGGCAAGCUUGGGCCCUCGUGAUGGCGCUGAUUACUCUGGCUUUGAGCCAGCUCUACUACCUGCAUCGCGGUCUAAAGCUUGUCUCUACCUCGGUGCUAUACCCCUUGGUAUUCUGUAUCUAUAACAUCAUCGCGAUCCUGGACGGCUUGAUCUACUUCAAGCAGACGGACAUGAUCAACCCCCUCCGCGCGUGUCUCAUUGCUCUGGGAACGGUGAUACUGCUGGCCGGCGUCCUGGCCUUGUCCUGGCGUCUCAGCGACGAGCAGCACGCGCCUGGCGUUGGCCAAUCAUCCCUGGCGCCCGGCCUCGGCCUCGUGGAAGACACAGAAGACGAAGAGGAGUCCCUCCUGGGUGGUGACGACCUAUACAGCCUCCACGAAGAGGACGAUCCCUUGCCUGCAACGACCUACUCGACAUUUAAUGUGGCAAGCGGCGAGACAUCACCGAUGGCUCCCACGCUUAAACGCAAAAAGACGGGCAGGAGAUGGCAAGAACGCGCCGAAAUCUGGGACGAACUCGAGGACCGCGACACGCCUACUCCGCCUACCGCGCGCAGGCGCUCCAGCACGAUGCCCGACGUUAGCGAAUCGACAUCACUACUCCCGCACCGCCGCGGCGUGAGCAGCGGCAGCGGCAGCCAGUUUCCCCCUCUCACUCCCACCUCAGAUGUGGGACCCGGCAGCGACUCACCCUCAUUACGUCGGCCCUUAGGGCGCAGAAGACGUAAAUCUACGGGGUUCCCGGGCUUCACGGCCCGCCGGCGGCGCAAGAGCCAGAGCAGCAUGCCCACGUUGCAGGACGCGCUGGGCGGCAUCUGGAGGCUCAAGUGGUGGCGGCCCGACAGAAGACCCGGCAGCGCGGCGGCGGAUGACGGUGCAAGUAACCCACCGGGAAGCAGUGGAAGCGGCAGUGCAUGGCCCGUGUUCCGAGACGAUCCUCCGCCGCCUACAGAGCAAGAGGAAGGGGAUGCCGGAAGAGGGAAGGGAAACGGCAGCGGUAGCGGGUCCCAGGAUAGGGGGCGGAGCGGCGGGCCGAAUGACGAUUCGCCUGUAUGA